AUGGAGUUGAAAUGCCCAAGAGGUUGGACUUCACUUCCAAAAAGCUACACCACGAAUAUUUGUGCUUCAAGACCUUUGCAAAGAAUGUUUUAGAAUGGUACGACAGGCUUGAGGACAGUGUUAAAGUAAUCAAAGUGCUAAUGUGGAUGGGGCCUGAAGCAUGCGUCAAACACGAGCUACACCCAUUCCCAUGCAGAGACAAGGAAAAACUCACCCCGCUGUGGAACUUCUUUGACAAUUUGUGUUCCAAGAAGAAAGGUUGCCAAGGAUUGUGGAACGCCCCGAGAAUGACACUGAAGUUCAUGAAACAGGAGAAAGGAGAGUCAGUGGACAUUUUCUACUGUUGGAUACGUGAUGUCCCCCACCAGCGGAAGUACGAUACCGCGAUACAAAAAUUCCUAGAGGCGUAAACCCUCAAAAAAGGCUUGAAAAACACGAAAAUUAUAGAGAAAGUCUAUGCACUACAAAAAGAAGCAGACGCUGGCCGUGUUCUGGACAGCGCUGGAGCUGAGGAACAAGCUCAGAUGCACAUACGGAAAGUGGAAAAGAUUCGAGGGAUCAGAACUUGGGAGAAACUAAAAGCGCAGAAGAGCUCAGACAACAAAAGAAGCCCUUCAGCAAAAAGUCCAACGCUUCCAGGGAUGGACGCACCAAAAAUCAGUACGCCUGCAAAAGAAGCAGACGCAAACACGGUCCCAAACAGUGCCCUGCCUACGGGAAAGAAUGCAGUAAAUGCAAUAAAAAAGGACCACUUUGCUGAGCAGUGCCGUAGCAAGGCAAAAGCCGAUCCUUCCAGCAAGCAAUCUAGCCAGCAGAAACAAAUACCCAGACUCAAAAAGAAGUUUCACGAAGCAACUGCAGACUCAGGGGGUAGCGAAGCAGACUUCUCAGAGUAUGACACUGACGAGGUCACAGUGCAAGUUGACUCUAUAGAAGCAAGGGCUGAAGAAACCAAGUCUACCAAGACGGAUUUCGGCAAGAAACUGCCCAAACAUGUAACCAAGGCCUAUCUAGACAAGGACCAAUCACCUGAUGUAUUGUAUGCCACUGUUGAGCUUGAAUUACCAGACGGGAGUACAAAGAAGCUCAAGGGCAAGGUCAACACUGGAGCUCAGGUGAACUUGAUGAAUUAUAUGACAUGCCGAGAAAUCUUUGGCCACGAUGUAGAGAGAAUUUUGCACAACAGUCAAGUGAAACUCACAGGCUAUGGAGGAAAGCGCUUCAGGAACCACGGAAAAUUCCGUAUUGACUGUGUUUGCCACAAUAGUGUCGUUGGCCAACGCGCUGAAUUCUAUGGCAGUAACUUGUUCUCACUAAAAUUCACCUGUGCAAGAUUAUGUGUGAGGAGGAGACCGACUGCAAGGACUGCCAUGGCCCCUAUGAUGCGAGUGAGGUCAGAGGUGGUACUGAGGAGGAAACAGAAGUUACUCCAGCACCAGACCAAGACCCAGCAAAACCCAAGUACUCUCUCAAGGUGAGGAAGCCCAUUGAAAUCAGGGAUACAACCGAAGUCCCAAAGGAUGUCAGUCACGUGUUUGAAGGUGUUGGAAACUAAAAGGCUACCAAUACCGGAUCGAGAUAGAUGAAAAAGUCAAACCAAUGGUCAGCCGCAGAUACAGUGUACCUCCACCAAUGCAGGAGCCUCUGAAGAAGAACUUAGACUGGAUGGUGGGCAUUGGUGUCAUCAAAAAGUAAGAAGACGCAACACCAUGGGUAGGUAAGCAAUGUACUGUGCACACCCAAGCCCAAUGAAGACAUCCGGAUAUGCCUAGAUCCAAAGCCACUCAACAAGGCAGUGAAGAGGCCUCACCAUUAUGCACCAAAAAUGGAUAUAUUACAGAAACUACACGGUUGCAAGUAUUUCUCCACCCUUGACCAAUCGUCAGGCUAUUGGAAUAUCGAAGUACAUCCAGACAGCAUACACCUACUCACAACACGCCAUUUGGACAAAAUGCAUACAAAAGGCUUCCAUUUGGGCUCGUGAGUAGCCAAGACGUAUUCCAAAGUGCCGCCAAUGAGACAUUCAGUGACAUCCCUGAUGUCUAA